AUGGUGUCGCUUCUCCCACCAAAGUCUGACGUGACACUGCCAAGCCCCACACGACUGGAGGGCGAGCCCCAUGGGGACCUCAUGCAGGCGCCGGGCCUCCCAGGCUCCCCUGUGCCACUAAAGCGUAAGUAUCAGCAGCAGAAGCACGCCGGCUUCAGCUGCUCUGCGUUCGUGCCUGAUGGUCCUCCAGAAAGGGGAUCCUCGCUGCCCCCACAAGCCCCAACAUCGCAUCUCCAGGUCCCCGAACAAGUUCAGGGCCACUGCUCAGUGGGGCCUGGUCCCAGGGCCCUUCCGUCUCUCCCCUCAGACAAGUACCCAGGAUUUGGCUUUGAGGGGGGCCCAGCAAGCAGCCCUGGGCGUUUCCUCAAGAGUGGCCAUGUGCCUUUCCACCCUUAUAAGCGGCAUUUCCAUGAAGAUGUCUUCCCUGAGGGCCCAGACAGCCUUGCCUUGAUGGACACCCCUUUUAAGACUCUGGGAGCACUGGAAGCCUUUGAGGAAAUCCCUGUGGAAAUGGGGGAGACUGAAGCCUUUCCUUCCAGCUUCUCAGCAGAGACUGGUGCAAUGGGCUCUCCUACCCCAGCCAGGUAGCACAGCCCCCAAAUUCUGAGUGAGUACCUGUGACAGGGAGGACCUGAAGUCAAGGUCAAGCCCCCAGCUCUGGACAGUGGUCCUGGGAUGUACUGUUACCAGCCCCCCUUGCAGCACAUGUACUGUCCCUCCCAGCCUCCCUUCCACCAGUACUCGCCAGGUGGUGGCAGCUACCCAGUACCCUACAUGGGUUCUUCUCACUAUCCCUACCAACGCAUCGCCCCCCAGGCCAGCACUGAUGGGCACCAGCCUCUCUUCCCGAAGCCCAUCUACUCCUACAGUAUCCUCAUCUUCAUGGCCCUUAAGAACAGUAAAACUGGGAGCCUUCCUGUCAGCGAGAUCUACAAUUUUAUGACGGAGCACUUUCCUUACUUCAAGACGGCGCCUGAUGGCUGGAAGAACUCCGUUCGCCACAACCUGUCUCUUAACAAGUGCUUUGAGAAGGUGGAGAACAAAUCAGGAAGUUCAUCUCGAAAGGGCUGCCUAUGGGCCCUCAAUCCAGCCAAGAUCGACAAGAUGCAGGAAGAGCUGCAAAAGUGGAAGAGGAAGGAUCCCAUCGCUGUGCGCAAAAGUAUGGCCAAGCCAGAAGAACUGGACAGCCUCAUUGGAGACAAGAGAGAGAAGCUGGGCUCCCCACUCCUGAAUUGCCCACCCCCUGGGCUGCCAGGCUCUGGCCCCAUCCGGCCCCUGGCCCCUCCAAUUGGGCUCCCCCAGUCGCUGCACUCUCUCCACUCUACUCCAGGCCCCAUUCCUGGCAAGAACCCUCUUCAGGACCUACUUGGGGGCCAUGCAACCUCCUGCUAUGGGCAGACAUACUCACACCUCUCACCAGGCCUGGCCCCCGCUGGACCUCCUCAGCCAUUGUUCCCACAGCCAGAUGGGCACCUGGAGCUGCGGGCCCAGCCUGGCACCCCCCAGGACUCACCGCUGCCUGCCCAUACACCCCCCAGCCACAGUGCCAAGUUACUGGCUGAGCCUUCCCCAGCCCGGACCAUGCAUGACGCAUUGCUGCCUGAUGGGGACCUGGGAACAGACCUGGAUGCCAUCAAUCCCUCUCUCACCGACUUCGACUUCCAGGGAAACUUGUGGGAACAGCUGAAGGAUGACAGCUUGGCCCUUGAUCCCUUGGUACUGGUGACCUCAUCCCCAACGCCAUCCUCCAUGCCUCCGCCCCCACCACCUCCCCACUGCUUCCCUCCAGGGCCCUGCCUGGCAGAGGCUGGCAGUGCAGUGGGUGAUUUGGCCCCUGCAGAAAGUGGGGGCUCUGGAGCUCUGGGCGACCUGCACCUCACCACUCUCUACUCGGCCUUCAUGGAGCUGGAGCCACCACCCCCUGCUACCCCCGCAGGCCCCUCGGUGUACCUCAGUCCCAGCUCCAAACCCAUGGCCCUAGCCUGA